CCCAACCCAGGUGACCUUCGGGUCCUGAGGAAGGGAAUGACCCUCUACCACUCAGAGUCCCAGCUGUCCUCGCUGCCCCAACGCCAGGACGCCACGCACACGGGUACCGGCCGUCUCCCCACCAGCGAGUCCUCCCCCGCCUCAGGCUACCUGUCCUGCGUCCAGAAGCCUGAGGCCGUGGUGCACGCCAUGAAGGUGCUGCAGGUCCAUGAGAACCUGGACAAGCCGCCGCCGGAGGCCAACGAGGACGACCUGAGCGAGAAGGAGAAGGCCAUCGUGAGGGAGAUGUGCAACGUGGUCUGGAGGAAGCUGGGCGACGCAGCCGGAUCCAAGCUGUCCAUCAGACAGCACCUCUCUGGGAGCCAGUUCAAAGGGCCACUGUAGGAGGAGGAGGAGGAGGAGGAGGAGGAGGAGGAGAUCAGAAUGCACAGAACCGCCCCUCACCUGAAAGACCCUCGUAGUACCUGCGCUGCACGGCCCUCCUGCUGGGCGCCCCUCCCCCUCCAGCAGUAACUCAGUUCACAUCAACCCUCCUGUGACGCUCCUCUUCCUCCUCUUCGUCGCUUUGAGGCUUCCAGCUGCGACGAGCUCCAAUCACACGCCACCGUCAGCUAGCGAUACCACGAGGUUUCAUGUUUCAUGGUUUCAUGGUUUCAUGUUUCAGGUUUCAUGGUUUCAGGUUUCAUGGUUUCAUGCUUCAUGUUUCAUGUUUUCAGGUUUCAUGGUUUAUGGUUUCAUGCUUCAUGGUUUCAUGUUUCAUGGUUUCAUGGUUUCAUGCUUCAUGGUUUCAUGAUUCAUGGUUUCAGGUUUCAUGUUUAUGGUUUCAGGUUUCAUGGUUUCAUGCUUCAUGGUUUCAUGCUUCAUGGUUUCAUGUUUCAUGUUUUCAUGGUUUCAUGCUUCAUGGUUUCAUGCUUCAUGGUUUAUGUUUUCAUGCUUCAUGGUUUCAUGCUUUCAUGUUUUCAUGCUUCAUGGUUUCAUGCUUCAUGGUUUCAUGGUUUCAUGCUUCAUGGUUUCAUGCGUCAUGGUUUCAUGCUUCAUGGUUUAUGUUUUCAUGCUUCAUGGUUUCAUGCUUCAUGGUUUAUGUUUUCAUGCUUCAUGGUUUCAUGCUUCAUGGUUCAUGUUUUCAUUAGGGCUGGGCACCUUAACGCGUUAAUCGUGCGUUAACGCAGCACUUAAUUAACGCCGACAAUUAUUUUAUCGCGCAUUAACGCAUGUUUUUUUUAUUUUUUAUUUUUAUUAUUAUUAAAUUUUUUUUUAUAAUAAUUUUUUUUAGACAAAAGACAAUACAUAGACAUAAAACCUAGAGGACUAUAAACAAUGCAGACGACAAAACUAUGGACAUAACAUCAUAAAGUCAGAGUAUUUGUGGGGGAAAAAGAAUCUCAACAAAUGACGGCAGGUAUGAGACGCCCUCAAGACACACGUCACACGGAGAAUACACGAGCUGUAUGAAAAGGAGAGGACUGCAAAGCGACAGCUUCACAACGUGCACCCUGUUGCUCUCACUGGGGACGACUGGACAUCGGGUGACCAGACGUCCAGUUUUCCCCGGACAUGUCCUGCUUUUGAGCCCUAAAAAAUGCGUCCGGCAGGGAUUCCAAAAACGUCCGGGAUUUUGCUUCGUCGGAUAUUUGUUUUUCUCUGGAUUUUCAUAAACUCGUAUUUACCCCUGACAAGUUUUGGAAAUGAUAUCUCCCUUACGUUCCACCUUCUUUACGUGAGCUCUGACAGUAUAGAGAGCAGUCAUUGGUCGACCGAUCUCAGGGUUGCCAGAUACACGAUAAUUAUCCUCCAAAUACAACCAUGUUGAGCCUUUGGUACGAUACUUCACCGUCUCCAACCUGGCAACACGGAGCACCUCGCCGCCUCCACUAGUUCAUUGUUGUUUGUGCGGCAUGCUAUACACUACAACCAGCGCCGCCGCUCCCAUAGCGCACUACGCGCUGUGCGUAGGGCACAAAGUCCUGAGGGGGCUCCACAAAAUAGGCAACUAAAAAAUCCUCAUAGUUAUAAUAAUUAUAAUGCCGAUAUUAUUUCAGUCUAGAAAUAUUAGGCACCUUUUAGGCAUGUAUAUCACAAAACAGGCAGAACAAGAGAGAUGUUUAAUCUCAGCCCC